AAAGUUCAUCGGUAGAAUAUACCGUUGGGUAUAGCGAGUCCGUGGCGAGGAAACUGUAUACUCCUAUUGUCGUUGGCGUAUUCAUAAAUCUUUUCCUUUACGGGAUCUCUAUCGCUCAGGUCUUUAUGUAUUACACAACUUCAUGUCAAAAAGAUGCAAAAUGGAUAAAACUAUACGUCGCAGCGCUUUUCCUGAUGGACACGACGAACACCGUGGCCGUCUGUGAAUUUGUCUUCGAUAAACUUGUUACUCAUUUCGGCGAUGUUGCGUACCUACAGACCGCAGGGUGGGCAUUCCCUCUAGAUGCACUUACAGUCGGAAGCCUUGCAACCAUGGUUCAGCUCUUCUUUGCCUGGAGAGUGCGAGUCAUCUCCGGAAGUAACUGGCUCACUGGCCUGAUUGUGGUCGUCUCUGUGGCGUCUUUCCUGACGGCAAUUGGAACCUCAGUGGCCACAGCUAUCAUCCAGGAGUUUCCCAAGCUGCACAAGUCGAGGCCGAUAGGCGGCACCUGGUUGGCGUUCUCUGCCGUCUGUGAUAUCUUGAUCACGACGGCGCUGGUAGUUUCUUUGCGCAGAUUCAGGACGGGAAUCGACCGAACCGACGGUGUCAUUGCUAGGAUUGUCCGAGUCAACAUGGAGACAGGACUCCUGACUGCCAUUGUCGCAACCGUUGAUUUCAUUGUCCUCUUCGCUUCCCCAUCAGUUUUACACCUGGGCUUCAACAUCCCACUUGGAAAACUCUACGUCAACUCCGUCCUCGCCACUCUGAACUGGCGCGCCAGAAUGCCUGACGAUACGAACGUGACGGCUUUCGAUCCCACUAUGACAGGUCCUCUGGAGAUUGCUCGGCCUUCAAAUACGAUUGCAUUUCUCACACCGGUGCCGACAUCGAGACGAAUAUCGCUCAACGAGCCACCAGAGUCACUCGAACUAUCGGUGGAAGACCGCGGCGGAAGUAGCAUCGACAAACAAGCGAGUACAUUCGAUCUUCAAACUUCCCUCGAGGCAGGGGACCACAUACCAUAUAUGUUUCGCGAACGAUCGCGACCGGUUCCUGCGAGACGUGACAGUAGCGUGCAGACGGAGUCGGAUAUGAGUUCGGAGGGGGUACGUGUUGUGAGAGACGGUACCGAAAGGAUCAACACGUGGACGCGCGAGGGAUAGGUGUCUCUUUUCUUCCUGUUGUGCAGGUUUUGUGUAUUUGUGUAUAUCACUAUG